UGUUUGUUUUGGUUUGUGAAUUAGACUGCUCCUGUUUCCCUAUGUACACCUCACUGUAAUCCAGGUUCUAGGAAGCAAGUAAUGGAAGGGAGGCCAUUUUGCUGCUACUCUUGCAUCUCAUGUCCCAAAGGGAAGAUUGCAGAAAAGAAAGAUUUGAAUGACUGCUAUAAUUGUACAGAAGAAAAAUAUCCCAACAAAAACCAGGAUUCAUGUAUUCCCAAGGAUAUAAGUUUCUUGUCUUAUAAAGAACCUUUGGGAAUAAGUUUAGCUUGUUUUUCUCUUUUCUGUUCCAUAAUCACAGUUCUCAUACUAAGAAUAUUUCUGAUGCAUCACAACACUCCUAUUAUCAAGGCCAGCAAUCGGGAUCUUACCUACAUGCUCCUGGUAACUCUCCUGCUCUGCUUCCUUUGUGCAUUACUAUUCAUCGGUCAGCCAAACAAGGUGGCAUGUCUUCUCCGACAAACUACUUUCAGCAUCAUCUUCUCUGUGGCUAUUUCCUGUGUGCUGGCCAAGACUGUGACUGUGGUCCUGGCUUUCAAGGCAACAAAGCCAGGAAGUGGGAUAAAGAAGUGGGUGGGGAAAAGAUUGGGCUAUGCUUUUGUUUUAUCUGGCUUCUUAAUUCAGGUAGGGAUUUGCACUCUAUGGUUGUCAAUCUCUCCUCCUUUCCCAGAUGCUGACCUGCACACAGAGGCUGAAAAAAUUGUCCUACAAUGUAAGGAAGGGUCCAUGAUUAUUUUUUAUUUUGCAAAGUGUUAUAUGGGCUUCUUGGCCAUGAUCAGUUUCCUAGUGGCUUUCUUUGCCAGGAAAUUACCAGACACUUUUAAUGAAGCCAAGUUCAUCACUUUCAGCAUGUUGGUCUUCUGUAGUGUUUGGCUCUCCUUUGUUCCAACCUAUCUGAGCACCAAGGGGAAAUACCUCGUGGCUGUGGAGAUCUUCUCAAUGUUAGCCUCAAGUGCUGGGCUGCUGAUCUGUAUCUUUUUCCCCAAAUGCUAUAUUAUUGUUCUGAGACCAGAUUUGAACAACAGGCAGCUAAAAAGACAGAGGAAAUGGUGAAUGUUCCCAAGAAUGUAGUUGUAAUCUGGCAUUGCAGAUGAACUUGAAUUUU